AUGGCGCUCAGCAGGCAGGGAGUGGGGGAGAAGCCCCUGAUCGAGCGCUGCAAGGAGAGGUGGCGGGAGACGCGGCUGGAUCACUUCACUUGGGUCAACCCCACCUACUUCAAGCAGCGCUUCUUCGUGUGCGACGAGUACUGGCGGCCGGGCGGCUCCGUCUUUCUGUACAUAGGCAACGAAGCGGACGUGACUUUGUACCUGAACAACACGGGGCUGAUGUGGGAGCUGGCGCCAAAGUACGAUGCGAUGCUGGUGUUUGCAGAGCACCGCUACUACGGCCAGUCCAAGCCCUUCCCUGCCAGCGUGCUGCGCAAGCACAUGGCGUGGCUGACCAGCGAGCAGGCCAUGGGCGACUAUGCCACGCUGCUGUGGGAACUGAAGCGGGAGCUGGGGGACCCUGACGUGCCAGUCAUCGGCUUUGGAGGGAGCUAUGGCGGCAUGCUGGGCACUUGGUUCCGAAUGAAGUACCCCCAUCUGGUGGAUGGAGUGAUUGCAGGGUCAGCAGCCCCCAUCUGGACAUACAAGGGCGAGAAUCCUCCCUACGACCCAGGCUCAUUUGCCAAGAUUGUCACCCAGGACGCCUCGCCUGAGGGAGGUAGCGCCGAGGCCUGUGCCGACAAUGUGAGGGCGGCGUGGAAGCUGCUGGACCGCUGGGGGAGCUCCGAGGAGGGCCGGCAGUCGAUCAGCGCCGCCAUGCGGCUGUGCCCCGAAUCCGCUGUGGAAAGCGGGGAGGAUGCCACGGCGCUGUGCGACUGGGCCUCCUCAGCCUGGGACUACCUGGCAAGUGCAGCACGUGCGAUGGGCAAUUAUCCUUACCCUUCUGUGUAUAUUGUCAAUGGGGCGCAGCCGCCGCUGCCUGCCUUCCCGGUGCGUGUGGCGUGUGGCCACCUGGCUGAGCCCGGGCUGGAUGGUGAGGCGCUGCUGGAGGGGCUGGCACGGGCUGCGGGCGUGUUUUACAACCACACCGGCGACCUGCCCUGCUUCUCUUUCAAGCAAGGGCCCAACCCGGAGACCGACGAGGAUGCCGACUUCUGGGGCUACCAGUACUGCACGGAGCAGUUCCAGGUGUUCUCCAAGGAUGGGGUGCACGACAUGUUCUGGGAGGAGCCCUUCUCGACCAAGGCCGCCAUCCAGGACUGCAAGGACGGGUGGGGUGUGGAGCCACGCCCGCUAUGGGCAACCAUCGAGUGGGGUGGCAAGCGGCUGGGCGCAGCCUCCAACAUCGUCUUCUCCAACGGCCUGCUGGACCCGUGGAGCGGCGGCGGCGUGCUGGCCAACAUAUCGCAGGCAAACGACCUGGUGGCGGUGGUCAUCCCGGAAGGCGCGCACCAUCUGGACCUGAUGUUCAGCCACCCGCUGGACCCGCCCUCGGUCACCGCGGCGCGUGCAUUUGAGGAGCACUACAUUGCCAAGUGGAUCGCACAGGCGCGCAGCCAGCAGCGCUCCUCCCUGGCCAUGGCGCAGCAUGCCGCGGUGGCACAGCAGUGA